AUUGAAAAUGUUUGAAUUUAUAUUGCAAGUUUGACUUGAUUGAGGCACUUGAUAUCGUUUCCUUUUUGACAGAGCCGGCGACGCCACUUGACGGGUCCCUGCCCCACGCCGAGCACUGAGUGCGAGUGGAUUAAGAGUGGACCAACCACAUGCUGGGGCCGGGGCCACUCCACUAACGAGCUUCGAACAUCCACUCAUCGAUGGGAAACGGAUUCAGUCCUCAAGUAGACACAAUGCGUACUUGCGGUCAUCGGAAAUUAACUAAAAAAAGGUAACUUGGCAGGCGCACAAAUUAUGCGAGACCGAACCGCUUAGCCACUCGUUGAGCCACCAGUCGACAUACAUACAUAUAUAUCACUUGAGCUGUCCGAAAGCGACUAAACGAUUUAACCAAUUUAUGUACCUGCGCCUGGACCCAGCAGCCGCAGCCGCAGCCACAGACACGGACACGGACACAGCGAUUCCGAUUCGAAUUCGGUUUGCGGGCAAACACACGCGCCUGGAUACCCAGCAGACGGCACAGGAAGACGCGGACUUUCCGCGAUUCGCCGAGCCCAUUGCCAAUGUCACCGUCUCCAUCGGUCGCGACGCCCUGCUCGCCUGUGUCGUGGAGAACCUCAAGGGCUACAAGGUGGCCUGGGUGCGUGUGGACACCCAGACGAUCCUGUCCAUACACCACAAUGUCAUAUCGCAGAACAGCCGCAUCAGCCUCACCUACAACGACCAUCGAUCGUGGUAUCUGCACAUCAAGGAGGUGGAGGAGACGGAUCGUGGCUGGUACAUGUGCCAGGUUAAUACGGAUCCCAUGCGUUCGCGGAAGGGCUAUCUCCAGGUGGUGGUUCCCCCAAUGAUUGUCGAGGGCAUGACCAGCAACGAUAUGGUAGUGCGCGAGGGUCAGAAUGUCUCGCUGAUGUGCAAGGCACGCGGCUACCCCGAACCCUAUGUCAUGUGGCGCCGCGAGGACGGCGAGGAGAUGCUAAUUGGCGGGGAGCACGUGAACGUGGUCGAUGGCGAGCUGCUGCACAUCACCAAGGUGAGCCGCCUCCACAUGGCCGCGUAUCUGUGCGUUGCAUCCAACGGAGUGCCGCCCUCGAUUAGCAAGCGGGUCCAUCUGCGAGUGCAAUUUCCCCCCAUGCUCUCCAUUCCCAAUCAGCUUGAGGGCGCCUAUGUGGGCCAAGAUGUGAUACUCGAGUGCCACACGGAGGCCUAUCCGGCAUCGAUCAACUACUGGACAACGGAGCGCGGCGACAUGAUCAUAUCGGACACAUCGCGGGCUGGCGAUAAAUACGAGACCACAUCCACAGUCAGCGGCUACACGAAAUAUAUGAAGUUAAAAAUCCGCGCCGUUGGAACCAACGAUUUUGGCACCUAUCGCUGUGUGGCGAAAAACUCCCUGGGCGAGACCGAUGGCAACAUCAAGCUGGAUGAAAUGCCAACACCAGCAACGGCAAUUAUAUCCGAGAUGGCUAUGCUCAAUCGCAGCUAUGAUGGCAAGAGACGUCAUAGAAAUAAAUUUGACUCGGCUAACGCUUUGCCUGAUUAUGGGGUUGAGGAGUGGCGUGACGGUGCACAAGGCAACCAUGCUGGCAACAAUGGCGAUAACAAUCAAACGCCCGUGCGUAAUCCGCCUGGAGCAUUUCACAAUUCUGCAGGCUCACUGGCGCAGCAUAAUCUACUUGGUAAAAUAAUGCGCGGCAUUAAAACGCAAUCAUUGGGGAUUUUCAAACGUUUAUCGAGCUGCUUGCCAGCGGCGCUCUGGCCGUCGACGUUAUCGCUAUCAUCGCCGAGUCGGUGGCGUAUGAGUAAUAUGAAAAACCAGCCGCACACAGAGGAGGAUGUUGUCAACGUCGAGGCAGUUGUAUGCUGGGAGAUCAGGAGUAGCAACACGACAAGCGACAGCAGGAGCAGGAGCAGGACCAGCACCAGCACCACCACCACCAUCACCAUCAACAGCCUACAAUUUUGGGCGUGGCAAUUGCGCAUAUUUCACAUUGCUCAUACGCCGUGUGUUGCUUCAACAACGCAACAUUCGAAAUGCCAACGGCAAUGGCAAUGGAAGAGCCAGUGGCAGUGGCAGUGGCAGUGGCAGUGGCAAUGGCAAAGGCAAUGGCCAAUGCUCAUUUGCAUAGUAAUAUUGGCUGGCAGCUUUGUUGUGCUCCUCCCGAUGCUGCUGCAUUUUAUCGGCCGCCACAUCGGCACAUUUUCUAUUAGCACGACGCAUAGGCAACAUUUAAUGCUUACAUUUUGGGCAGGCGCUGGUAAUAAGGUUGUCGCCAUAUACACCGCAGCGACAAGAGCAAAAACAGCAAUGCCAACAACAACAGCCACAUCCGCAGCCAGGCCAAAUACAUUUGCAAUGCUCUGCCCUCGAAAGUUUUCAAGAUGAAAUCAAAUAAUUGCAAAAGCAAAAAGAAACUCAUUUGGGGCACAAGAGCAGCUUGAAAAAUAAAAUCAAACCAGCAGGACGUGGACGUGGACGUGGACGCAAGCGUAGAGCAGGACGCGAAAUGGAAGAGGCGGACAGCACAGACAGCUGCAGUUCGUGGUAUACAUAUUGAUAUACAUACUUACACACAGAUACAACUACAAAUACAUUAGAUAUAGAUAUGUUUAUGUUAGAGCGUAAAAUGAAAAUCAUGUUAGAUGUCAUACGGGCUUUAAGUUGAUUGACAGUUGAUUAAGGAAGAACUGCAACUCCAUUUUCAGUGUGGAGUGUGGACAAAGUGGCGAUAACUUAUUAUCGGAAUGCGCAGACAACAGCUCACUUAUCUGUCUGAAAGACCUACAUACUUGCAUAUUUGUGUGUCUGUUUAUGAAUAUUAUUAAGGUCAAGCCGUAUCUGAUUAGUUGGUAAAAUAUUAACGCUCACGCUCAAUUUGAAUUCUUUAAUUAAAAAUAAGUUUUUUAUGUGAUUCAUUUCCUAAAACCUACCAUCAGCAUGACCAAAAAACAAUCAAAUGAUUUCUGAUUUAUAUAUUAACAUCAUUUUAAAGAAAAUAUCUCUCCGAACAUUUCUAUAACUCUACUUGACGUAGAGUUCAAUGGUAUUAUUCCAUUUUAUUUUAUUUAAUUUGGUUUCCAUAUUUAAUUCUUUAAUGAUUUUACAAAUAUUUGGUAUGAUGACCAUUUUAUUUCAAAAUCAUUUGAAUAUUUAAAAUAUGAGAAGAUUUAUGUGUACGAAAAGGCAAAAAACAAUUGGCAAAUGACUACACAAACGUUGCGUAUUGUAAAAACCAUAAAUAUAUCCAAUUAAAUGGAAAUAAACUAAUUAUAGUCCAACAACAGAAACCAAACAAAAUGUGUGAAAAACGGUUAAUCAAAUUUGCAUUUAGAUGAAAAUAUUUAUGCAUAAACAUACAUAGCGAAUUUACCUAGUAAAUUUAGCCAACGUAUAACAAAUAGAAAACCAAAUCAAGUAAGCCACAAAAUAGCAAAGAAUAAAAUAUGUAAGUGUUGAAUUAAGUCGUUUAUUAGAUAUACGGUUGAUGCUAAAAAUAUAAAAGAAUACAAUAGUUUUCCCAUUGUUUGUUUCCCAUUGUGGAAAAAGGCAGCUGCUAAUGAUAUGGUUUUUAUUGCAAUCGAUUUGUUUCAAUUGCAAUUUUUUGAAGCAACAUAAAGAACCCAUUAAAACUAAUAUAUUGCCUGGAAAUUAUAAUUUUUCCGCUUUCCUUUCGGUGUUGCUCAUGUUAAUGGGAGUUUAAUUAGUGCACUUUUUGUGCUCCCUUGAAUGUAAAUAUUUAAAUAAAAAAAUAACCUUAAUGGAUAUUAAACGAAUUUCAUGACACUGUAUAUAUAUAUCAGAGCAAACUUUUUGUAUAAAUUCAGACUCCAUUUAAUUAUGCCUAAGACCCAACAAGCUCCAUUCAAAUUUAAGCGAAAAUUGCCACACAAUUUUUCCGCUUUAACAUUUGUAAAUAAAUCUAAAACAUUAAAGUAUGCAGUUGAAAUGAAUGUUAAAAUGUUGAUAAAAUUAAAUAAAUAUAUAAAUGUAGAAACCCCCGAACCGAACAGCAUUAAAAAUCUAAAGAAAAAAGAAUCGCUGUGGAAAUUGUAUUGGACAAAAUGAAUAUUUAAGAGCUCGGCAGAAACUAAAGAUGGCAACGGGAAAUGAUAUAAAACUCUUUAGUUAGUUAUAUCUGAUAACAUAUAUAUAUAUAUAUAUAUAGCAUAUAUCUAUAGUUCUAUCUAUGUGGAUAAGUGGCGGCAUAUCUAUGUGACAUAUUUGUAUGUAAAUGUAUGCAAAAGUUUACAGCAAAAAUAAACAAA